UAUCCAUCUGUUCAUCUGACAGCGGCACCAGAGAUCACAACUCUCUCCUGACCACUUUUUCCUUCAAGAAAAAGAAAGAAUACUAGCAAUGCUCAGCUCUUGUUCCAAUCUUUUGCAGUCACCUGUCAGCAUAGGCUUCAUCAUGAAUCCGCCGCGUCUUCCGCUGUCGUCGAAACUCUGCAGGAUCAUGUGCUUGCGAGAAGAAGGCGCACGGAGUCCGCGGAACACACUCGAGGGCUCACGUCGGUCGGCCGAUUACCACCCCAGCAUAUGGGAUCACCAUCUCAUCCAAUCCAUUGAAAGCUCCUACUCCGACGAAAGGUUCACUGCGGACCUGGACGAACUGAAGCUGGAGGCCAAGUACUUGCUGGAAUCAUACAAGGAACCCUCGGCUCAGCUUCAUCUCAUUGGCUCGAUGCAACGCCUCGGUGUGGCGUACCACUUGGGCGAGGAGAUCAACGAGUCCUUGGGGAAAAUCUACACGAAUGGCUUGUGGCCCAACCACGACGUGCACCAGACUGCCCUUGGCUUCCGCCUCCUUAGAGAACAUGGACACUGUGUGCCCUCUGACGUGUUCGAGAAGUACAGAGAUGAGAAAGGAUUUAAGAAAUGCCUAGCCCGUGACGUCAGAGGGCUGCUUAGCUUAUAUGAAGCAUCCCACUUCGCCAUCGACGGAGAGGAAAUUUUAGACGAAGCCAAUAAAUUCAGUGCUAUGCAUCUGAAGUUAUUGGAAAAGCAAGUUGACCCGCAUGUCGCAGAGCAAGUGAGACAUUCCCUAGAAAUUCCUUUGCGUUGGAGGAUGCCAAGGCUGGAGACAAAGUACUUCAUCGACGUCUACGACCAGCAAGAGUGUAGAAACCCGGUCCUCCUGAAGCUAGCUAAGUUAGAUUUCAACAUUGUGCAAUCGAUACAUCGAGAGGAGAUGAGGGAGCUCUCCAAGUGGUGGAAUGAACUGGGUCUGGCGCAGAAGCUCAAGUUCUCCAGAGACAGAUUACUCGAAAAUUAUCUGUGGGCUGUCGGGAUCGCCCACGAGCCCCAAUUCUCCAAGUGUAGAGUGGGUCUCACCAAGCUGAUCUGCAUUCUCACAGUCAUCGAUGACGUAUAUGAUGUCUAUGGUUUGCCUGAAGAAGUCAAGCUCUUCACGGCAGCUGUCAAAGCUUGGGAUCUCGAGGCUAUGGAUACCCUUCCGGAUUACUUGAAGUGCUGUUACCUGGCCUUGCACAACUUUGUCAAUGAGACUGCUGCUGAUAUUGAGAAGGAUCAUGGGUGGGAUGCAACGGCCUUGUUUAGGAAAGAGUGGGAGAGUCUCUGUGAAGCAUACUUAACCGAGGCAGAAUGGUUUCACAAAGGCUACAAACCUACACUUGAGGAGUACCUUGAGAAUUCGUGGAUAUCAGUUGGUGGUCCGAUAGCAAUGUCUCAUGCAUAUUGUCUCUCAGGAAACACUUUAAGCGACAACUCUACUAGUUUGCUGCAACAAGGAGGUGUCCAACUUAUAUAUUGGUCCUCACUCAUUGUUCGCCUCAGCAAUGACUUGGGUACUUCGAAGGCUGAGAUGGAGAGAGGGGACACGCCCAAAUCAGUCCAGUGCAGCAUAAAUGAAUCGGGUGAGACCGAGCGGGCUGCGAUCGAACGCAUAAGGGACAUGCUGAGCCACUCGUGGAAGAAGUUGAGCGAGGAGUGCUGGAGAACUCAACUCUCUCGUGGAUUUGCUGAUAUGGUCCUGAACAUGGCUAGAACAUCGCAGUGCAUAUUCCAACAUGGAGAUGGUAUCGGCACUUCUAAUGGCGUGACCAAGAACAAAAUAACUUCACUCUUUGUUGAACAUUAUUCUGUUUGAUCCGGAAGCAUGUGUCGGUAUCGUCACAUGCGUGACCAAGAACAAAUAAGGCUGUCAGUCCAUGUAUGGUUAAGUUCACUCUUUUUUAUUAUCUUUUGCUCAUGGCGAGAUCACGAAGAAAAGAAUCCCCCCUCUUUUUUGAA